UGUUUCCAGCAGCAGUCGACCCUCCCCCUCCUGGUCCUCUCACCGGCUCCUCCAGCUCCUCCUCCCGGACCAGCAGCACCAGAGAACCCGCUAGCUGCUGUUAGAGAUCUCUAACGUAACGCUGAACAUUAGUUGCACACUAGCGGAGCUGCCUGGAUGAGACUCAUCCAUCCAGAACUCACAACGAGCCGUCUUUAUGGAGCUUCUGCCCGGAGGAUCAGCAGCUGAUGGACGGCUAGCUGCUAGCUGCUAGCUGCUAGCUGUUAGCCUAGCAGCGGAGCUAGCUGCAGCUAGCUGUUAGCUGCUCGGCUAGCCGGGAAGCAGCUCCGCUACAGCCGCAAACAACGACGCUUCUAUCGGCCUUUAUGAGAGUAGUCUCCGUGCCAUGCCGUGUUUAAUCUAACCGAGCUGCUGUUUGUACGUUUCAUUACGGUAUUCGGUGUUUACAGGAUGCAGGCCGCCGAGCCGAGUCGAGCCGAGAGAUGUGGGUCAUCAGCGGGUUAGCAUGUUAGCAUCGGUAGCAUGCUAGCACCAACAGCUGGUUAGCAUUAGCAUUAGCAUCGCAGCUAGCUGGCUUUUAUUUAUUUAUCAGCCAUUUAAAUCAUUAAAAAAGGCAAUAACUUUAAUGUUCUUGCGAGUGUGGGUGAGCAUUAAUCUGCUGCUCGAGUGUCUGAAGUCAACAUCGAGUGGAACAUUUAAUUUUAUUAGAUUUGGGGUGAUUCGUCGCUGGAGCAUCGUCAGCUAGCUGAAGCUAACCGACUGAGCAGCUCCACUAAUCAACUAAUCAACCAGUUAAAGAUAGAUAGAUGUACUUUAUUGAAGCUAACCGAGCAGCUCCACUAAUCAACUGAUCAACCAGGUUAAAAGGAAUCUACGGGAUCAUGCUGAGUGUGGAGCCGUGUUUCCUCCACGCCUAGCCGCCGCUUGGUGCAAACACAGUGGACAGUUUCUUGGGGGGUUUUGGCAAGAGGAGUGAUGGCAUUUCACGGCGCAGGCCGGCAGACCGUCUGUGGAGACUUGUUUCCGGGCUCUGAGCUGGGCCACAAGUAUUUCUGUGUCAACUCGUCUUGCGGAGCCCCGUCCACGGGCCUCAGCGCCACGCCGUGCCUGACCGGACCCACCGCCCCGGCCGGGACCCCUCGUCACCCGACGGCUCUCGGAGGGAGCGCCGGCGGCGGAGCGGCGGUGCCUCAGCCCUACAGCAACCCGGCCAGCGAGGUGCCCAGCCCUGCAGAGAUGGAGCCAGAUCGCCCCAUCGGUUAUGGCGCAUUCGGCGUUGUCUGGUCCGUUACGGAUCCACGUGACGGUCGCAAAGUGGCGCUGAAGAAGAUGCCGAAUGUCUUCCAGAACCUGGUCUCCUGUAAGAGGGUCUUCAGAGAGCUGAGGAUGCUGUGCUUCUUCAAACACGACAACGUUCUGUCAGCUCUGGACAUUCUGCAGCCGCCACAGAUCGACUGCUUCGAGGAAAUCUACGUGAUAACGGAGCUGAUGCAGAGCGACCUCCACAAAGUGAUCGUGUCUCCUCAGCCUCUCACCACCGACCACAUCAAGGUCUUCCUCUAUCAGAUCCUCCGAGGUCUGAAGUACCUGCACUCUGCUGGGAUCCUGCACCGGGACAUCAAACCUGGAAACCUGCUGGUCAACAGCAACUGUCUGCUCAAGAUUUGUGACUUCGGCUUGGCGCGGGUGGAGGAACCCGACCCGACCCGUCACAUGACCCAGGAGGUGGUGACGCAGUACUACAGGGCGCCGGAGGUGCUGAUGGGCUGCAGGCACUACGGCUCGGCCAUCGACGUCUGGUCGGUGGGCUGCAUCUUCGCGGAGCUGCUGGGACGACGCAUCCUCUUCCAGGCUCAGAGCCCCAUUCAGCAGCUGGAUCUGAUCACAGACCUGCUGGGAACGCCUCCUCUGUCGGCCCUGGCGUCGGCCUGCGAGGGAGCCAGAGCCCACAUCCUGAGGGGGCCGCACAAACCGCCGUCGCUGUCGGUGCUCUACAUGCUGUCUGACGGAGCCACUCACGAGGCGGUGCACCUGCUCUGUCGGAUGUUGGUCUUUGACCCGGCUAAACGCAUCUCCGGCAGCGACGCCCUCUCCCACCCGUACCUGGACGAAGGGCGUCUGCGCUACCACACCUGCAUGUGUCAGUGCUGCUACUCCGUUCCCAGCGGGCGAGUCUACACCCGCGACUUUGAGCCGGUCGCCGAGCGGCCGUUCAGCCACAGCUACGAGAAUAGCCUGCUGUCUGUGUGGCAGGGAAAAGAGUUGAUCCAUCGCUUCAUCACGGAGCACCAGCAGGGCAAACGAGUGCCGCUGUGCAUCAACCCUCAGAGCGCUGCCUUCAAGACCUUCAUCAGGUCGACCGCGUGGCACUCCUCCAAGGUGUCCAGGAAGGAGGAGAGAUGAACGGUCCUCCUCUUCCUCUCGAGGAGCGACAGCAGAGUCUGAGGAAGGAUUUCAUUGACCGUGAAAAUACAGAAGAGUUUGGGUCCUUUUUCUUUUUGUUUUCUUUUUGGCGAGACGCUGAGUGGGGGGGGAACGACACUCCCAAAACGAGGAGGUGAAAACAGCUGACCCUCCCGAGCUCCUCCUGAACACCCUCGUCUUUAUUUCAUCCUACAAAUCUACAAUAUGAAAACUACCGCUUCACUUCUUCUAAACGACCCAAACAGCUGAUGCUCCAGGCGUUUUUUUCCGGUGCUGAAUUUAAAAAAAAAAAAAAAAAAAGCUGCUGCUGAAGUUGCUCGAGGAGGAACCAGAACGAGGAACUCGGUACUAGAGUGGAUUUUCCCUCCAUGUUAGUAGAGACAUUAAGAGAUAAUGGUUUUAAUUGUUUGGUAGAAUCGUUGCUUAGUUGAUUUGUUUGAAGUCAUUCCAGCCCUGUGCAAUAUGGUUUAAUUUAGACGGGCGGUGGAACACGUACGACCACGUACCGGAUCAGUGCUCCCAAACACGACCCGCCAAACAUCACAACACCGUUAACCGCCAAACACCGCCAAGGUUUUCUCUCUCUCCUUUUUUUUUCUGUACUGCAUUUGAACACAUCACUCACUGUGUUUUCACCGCGUGGCGACGCGGCGGUAAUAAUGCAAUCUAACAGAUGUAGCAGGUUAUAACCACAGCUCCCCCCCCCCGGUGUUUCUCCUCAUACAGUUAGCUCUGUUCUUUUAUUUUAUCGCGGCUUCUUUUAUCCUCACAGUGAUUGACGUCUGGUCCUCGAUCAGUGUUGUUUUAUUCACCUUUAGAAAAUAAUUUAAUCAGGACACGAAACAGGAACUCAAGUUUUUAACGUCUGACGUCAACAGACUGUUUGAUCGCAAACUCUUUUAUUUUGAAAGUUAUGACAGGAAAGUGACGGCGUAUCAAGGCCAUCGUAGUUUACAAAGAUUAAUAAAUUAUGGAGCCAAGGACAGGGGGGGUAAUAUUCAGAGAAAAAACUCUGAUUAAAGUUGAAAAUGUACGAGAACCAACUCGCACAUUUACGAGAAAAAAAAGAAUAUUGUCAGAAAUUAAAGUGGUAAAUUUACGAGGAAAAAACACAAAUUUAUUAGGAAGAUAAUUUAAUAUUCUCUGAGUUUGAAAUUGUAAAUUUACAAGAAAAAAACUUAUAAAUUUAUGUGAAAAAAAUAAUAUUCUCUGAGAUUAAAGUGGUAAAUUUAAGGGUAAAAACUCGGAAGAAUUGUGUUGUUUUUUUUGUCGAGGAACCAUCGCUUCACUUUGCAGCGUUGGAUCAAUCUCAUCUUUAUAAUCUCAAAGAAUAUUAAUUAUUUUUCUUAUAAAUUGACCACGUUAUUGUCGGAGAAUAUCCAAGUUUUUGUGAGUUUUUUUGUCAUAAAUUUAAGAAUUUAAUCUCGUAAAUUUGUGAGUUUUUUUCCUCUGAAUAUGACGCCCGUCCCCCGGCUCUGUAAAUAUAUAUUUUUAAACCUACAAUGGCCCGAAGAUGCCGCUGUAAAAAAGUGUUCUGCAGAUAGAAAGAUGCCAAAUUCACAAAUAUUUGGCAGCUCUUUUUGUUUUCUUCUUCUUUUCUCCAUCUCGACUUGUUUUUAUUUCCCUGCCGACCUCCUCGGCCUCCUCGACCUUUUGUCCCACCGGCGGAGAGAGAGAAACAGGAAGCGACGAUGCUUUCUCUUUUUGUGUGUUAAAUUUCUUAAUUUAUUGAGUGUUUGAUGAAGAGUGUGUGUCUCCACCCUGUUUUAGUUUUACCUCAAAACCCCAGAAACGAACUGAUGUGUGCACAUCUGUAAAGUGAAACCCUCCCGUCACAACUUUAACGUCAUUCCUCCGGAUUCUUCUUCUUUUACCUCGUGCUCGCUCCUCGCCGCUCGCCUCUCGCCCCGCCGCUCAGAAUCAGUGUGAGGUUUUUAGACAGAAGGAUGUCGUCGGUAAAAUGCUGCUGUUUUAUUUAGUUUUUUUUUUUUUUUUAUUACUUCCUGUUUUAGUUUCAGGCUCAGGUGUCCCGUUUAUAGACUAUGAAUUGUACAAAGCCACAUUUUAAGGAUGCGCCGGUAUUGAUCCUGCUUUGGAUUAUCAGUAAAUAACCGUAUCAGAUUCUACACUGUAAGAAGUUUAGCAGAAGAUGUGAGAAGAUUUCUGACUUUGAUAUCAAACACACAGGUGACUAAAUGUAGAAAAGUGAACAUACUGGUGGAUUUUACAUGUUUAACUCUUUAACUACAAACUCACCAGAUCAUCCUGGAAGUUUUAGUUCAGUGAACGUGAACGUGCAAAGACUCAACUAACCAAUCUUUUUAUUCUUUAAUAGUUUGGUCCAAAAACAUCCAAAGACGUUCAGUUUACUGCAAGAAAAUAUUCAGAUUUCAGAAGCAGGAAGUGAACUUUUGACCCUUUUACUGAAAUAGUUGGUGAUUUAAAUAUUCUGUCUAUCAACAAGUCGACUGAUGGGUUCAGCUCCAGAGUCCAUGUAGAUGUAGGAGUCCACGGUGGUGCGUUCAAAGACACUCCGACUUUUUAAAACAGAUUUUUCCAAUAUGGAAAUUCUAGCCCAGAAAAAAUUAGAACCAAAAUAAAAACAAGAAUAUUUUGAAGUAAAAAAAAAAAAAAAAAUGUAGGUUUAAUGAAAUAAACAAAAGAAAAUGCAAAUUAAGUAAAAAAAAAAAAUAUAUAUAUAUAUAUAUAUAUAUAUAUAUAUAUAUAUAUUAUAAUUUUUUUUAUAAAAUUGGCAAGUUUUUGUCUCCCCAUUUCAGAUUAUUAUUCCAUGUUUGUUAUGGUUGGGUAUCGUUUAAAGAAUGACGAUACCAGUCCUCUUAAAGUGAUACUAAUACCAACAGAUUACUUCAUUUGAUAACUUUUUUUCUACUUCAUUCAACACAAUCAUGUGAAUUAUUCAGUUGCUAAGAAAAAAUUUAAUAUUCUCUGAGAAUAAAGUGGUAAAUUUACAAGAAAAGAACUCACAAAUUUAUGAGGAAAAAAUUAUAUUCUUUGAGAUUAAAGUGGUAAAUUUACCAGAAAAAAACGUACAACUUUAUGAGGAAAAAAAUUAAAUAUUAUCUGAGAUAAAAGCAGUAAAUUUAGAGAAAAACUCACAAAUUUAUGAAGAAAAAAAUAAAAAAACAAAUAAUAAAUAAGUGGUAAAUUUACGAGAAAAAAAAUGUAAUAUUCGCUGAGAAUAAAGUGGUAAAUUUACAAGAAAAUAACCCAUUUUUUUGACAAGGAACUCCAUCGCUUCACUUUGCAAGGUUAGAUCAGCAUCAUCUUUAUAAUCUCAGAGUAUUUGAAUUUUUUAUCUAAAUUUCUUUUCUCUGAAUAUAAUCCCCCUCCCGCGGCUCCGUAAAUAUAAUUAUUUGAACCUACCAUGGCCCUGAUACGCAGUGAUGAGCUGUUAGCCUCAAAACAUUAUGAAAACGAGUGUUUCUGUCUGAACUCUUGGCUGCAAAGAGAAAUUAAAUCAUGCAAAAAAAAAACCACAUUAAAACGAGUUAAUAUAAAAUUCAGCGUUUCAGUCAAAAACCUGCGAAACACCGAAACACACAAACGUCUGCAGAAAGUUUAACAUGUUCACGUUCAUGUCCAGACGGAUGUUCAUCAGUUUGUAGAGAAACCAGUAGAAACGUGAAACCAUCAGAAACGUUCGGCCCAGGAACCUUUUUUUUAAGGAUCUCAGGAACUUUUGCGACGUUCACCAACAGUUUGUCUCUUCGUGUCUUGCGUUAAACGGCGUCUCUACCCGGCGUCUCUACCCGGCGUCUCUAACCGGCUGUUUGUUUGUUUUUUAACGGUUUUAUUUGAUCUGAAGCUCCUGAGAACGCGCUGAAGGAACCUCCUGGUUUACUUCCUGUGACUCCACUUCCUGCUUCGUGUGUUUAAGAGGUUGAUGAAAGAUUUUUUUUUUUCUUGUACAUGUCCUGAACCUCCAGCAGGUGGGGCCCCUGAUCCUCGGGAGGGCCCCAGAGCGUCCUCGGGGGGGGGGGGGCCCCUGAGCGUACUCGUUGGCCCCCUCCCAGUUUCCUGAUGUGUAACCCCUGAAACCUCAGCUCCUCGUCUCCUCCAGGAACACAGCGAGCGUCUCUGUGAGCGGCCGGUCACAGACGACCUGACUUGUAUAUCUGCAUGUGUAUAUUUAUGACCCGUGGCGAGCGUUUGGGUUUGAAUGCUGUGCAAUUGGUUGAGUUUGUCGGCGAUGACGAAAACGUACAUUUUGUGGUAAUUUUUUUAAUUUAAUUUUUAUCUUUUAGGAAGUGAUUUUUAUUAGAAGUUUUGUUUUCGUUUGUUGUGAUCUGAUAAGACUUUUUUUACCAGAGUCGGGAGGACGUUUUGAUAAUUGUUCCCUAACAACGUGAAAGAAGUGAGUGAACUUCUGCAUGCCAUCUGCACGCCGAUACAUCUUUAAAGGAGCCACGUUUCAUUAACAGAAGUGUCGCUGCUGAAAUGAACUCAUCAGUGACGAGUUAUCGGUUUGUUUUUGUGUCUUCAAAUUACGACUUAAUUUCCUCAAACUGCUGAAUUAGUUCCCUUCUUCUUAGAAUUUCUACGAGAAAAAGUUUCUAUAAAACGUCAGGAAAUAAUUUCCCAAAUUUUCUUUAAAUGACUUUUAUUUUGUCAGAUGAAAAGAAAAUUUAUAAAAUAAAUAAUAAAUACUAAAUUGAAGAUAGUAAACUCUUUGGUGAAGGUUUUGAUGGUGGUUUCGGUUUUUUAAAUAUUUCAGAGACCACUGUCUUUCUUUAAUCUGAACAAAAAAUGUUCUGAGUACCAUUUCAAAAUGUUAAUAAUAAUAAAUAAUAAAGCUUCAGCUAGAAAAGAAACUAAUAAAAUAAAGUCGUCAGUGAACAUUUGGCAGAAUCGUUGGUAAAUGUUCAAGAAAAAAAGUACAGAUUUAUGAGGGGAAAAAAUGAACUAUUCUGUGAGACUUAAGUGGUAAAUUUAUGAGAAAAACCUACAACUUUGAGGAAAAAAAUUGAUGUUCUCUGAGAUUAAAGUGGUAAAUUUACGAGAAUUAAAAAUCACUAAUUUGCGAGAGAAAAAUCAAAUAUUCUCUGAGAUUAAAUUUACAAGAAAACAACUCAAAUUUGAGGAAAAAAAUCUAUAUUCUCUGAGAUUAAAUUGAUAAAUCUAAAAGAAAAGUCACAAAUUAAUUAGGAAAACAAUUCAAUAUUAAAAAAUAAUUCAGUUUAUAAAAGAUACGAAACAAACUGCAGAACUUAAAACGAUGAGUCGAUUUAAUUGUUUGUAUAAAAUAAAUUAUUAAUAAAUUCAUGCAUUUAUCACAGAAAUAAUAGUAAUUUGAGGGAAUGAUUUUGUUAAUUUGAAGCUCAAAUUUUCUAAUUUAGGGAACAAAAGAAUCAAAAGUUUUUCUCCUUUUUGGACUUUUUCUUUUCUUUCUUUCUUUCUGUUGUGUUGCGUAGAGAUCCUUCAGGUGAGGAACAGAUUUUAAACUAGAUGACGUCUCUGCAAACUGUUCAGAGAUCAGCUGACGAGUCUGAUUAAAGCAGAGCGGGACGGACGGACGACGGACAGACGGCUGGUCAUCUUUAGAAAUUAGACUUGUUUUUCUUCUAUGAAAAGAAACUUGAUGUUUUUAUUAUUAUUAUUAUAAAUAUGAAACUGAUGUUUUAAACAGAUGUUUUGUCUUCGUUUUAGCAAAAAAGCAGUUUUUGUUUGUUUCUUGACUUGUGUUCCCAACAAAUACUUGAAUUUCUUAAAAAAAAAUGUUUAGAGUUAAAGUAGUGAAUGAUAAAUAAAUAAAUAAAUGGACACUGGAUAAUA